UUCCCCUAACAGCAUCCAUUAUUAAUUGAUUUCCCUUUUCCUACAUCAACACGAAAUUCCUGUAUGCAAACUUAACAAACACGGUGACACGGAAACUCAAGUCCUCCACCUGUUUAUUUAUAUAUAUAUAGAUCUAUAACUUUGUUCUGUCAUUAAUUUGUGGACCUCUUCUUCCCCCUUUUCUUUUGUGGCCAUUGGUUUAUAGUUAUUCAUCAAUUAUCAUUAUAAUCAAUCUCUCCCCCCUUCUUUCUCUCCCUCUCUUUCUCUCUCAAUGAGAAACACAUACAGCAAAACAUGACAAGCAAAGGAACUGACACAACAGGACAACCCAACACAGAGUGUUGCAUGUGUGGGGAUCUCGGUUUCUCUGACCAGCUUUUUCAAUGCAAAGUCUGUCAAUUCAGAUCUCAACACAGAUACUGUAGUAAUAUCUACCCCAAAGACGAGUCUCUUGGAACCUGCAAUUGGUGUUUGAGUCAGAAAGAGGAUACCAAAGAUAAGUCACCAAACUCUCCAAAUUCUUCAUCAUCUCAUAGGAACAACAGCAGCGCCGAUGAUGAGAGCAAGGGGAAGAAAAUCAAGAACAGUAACAGUAACAGUAACAGUGCUCAAACUAUUGUAGGCAGAAAGGGACUUAGAGGGAGUGCCCUUCAUCUUCAACUGCAGAAACCCAUCAAGAAACACAAGUCACCAGAGGCAAGAUCACCAUCCACGUCCACAUCUCCAUCGGUUUUGAUUUCAACACGCAAGAGGAUCAUCACCAACGGUUCUUUGGAGGAAAAGUUGAGAAGGACCAGGUCAGCAGACAUCAUCACAAACACCAGUAGUGGUGCCACGAAGCAGGUCUUUAGGAAUAAGGUCAGAAGGUACAAGCUUUUGGAUGAAGUUUCAAGUUAAAAUAAAAUAAGCUUUAACUAGAAAAAAGAGAGUUUUGUGAGAGAUGAAUGAAUAUAUAUAUAUAUAUAUAUAUAUAUAUAAGAAAGAAAAAGUUCAUGGUUUUUUGUUUCCUUUUGGGCUCCAAAUUUUUGUCCCAAUACAAUGUAUAGAACAAUGGUGAAUGAAUGAGCUAUAAAAAUGU